GCGCCCGGGGAGCUGGGCUGCAGCCGAGCAGUCCCGGUGCCGGCAGGAUGGGCUGCGGGGGGAGCCGAGCCGAUGCCAUCGAGCCGCGCUACUACGAGAGCUGGACCCGCGAGACCGAGUCCACCUGGCUGACGAACACCGACACAGAGCCCCCGCCGCCGGCCUGCGGCCACGAGAGCACCCGCGCCGAGGCCGGAGUGCGGGACCAGGGCGCGCCGCACCCGGGUAUGCUGGAGGAUGAAAAAUCAACUCAGACCUGUGUUACCAUGUCCUCGACUGCAAGUGGAAUAAUUAACACUGAGAAGAAAACUAGCUGUGGUACUCAAUGCACAAAACCCACGGUCCAUGCCCCUGGAACUAUGACACAGAAACACAAUGGCUUCAGAACAGCAGAGGGUAAAUGGGACACCAAGAAAAUGUCCACAAAAGAAGUCACUAUUAACGUUACAAAAAGCAUCAGACAAAUUGACAGCGACAGAAGAAUCACAAAGAAUUGUGUCAAUUAAAGGAGUAAAGCAAAAGUGAAGAUGGACCUAACAAUACUUUGCUGCACUUUAACUGUGACUAAUCACUUAAGAUUUGAAGAUCUCAAGAUGUUCUGUGUUGAAAGCAAUGGGCAGUGGCUGCUGAGUGCCUUGAGAAACGUUGUUUUAACUAACAGUAAAUAGCUGCAAACACUGUUGGAUGUUCAGACAUGUAUUUAUCUAUUGCAAUGGCACUGUACAAAAAUAUAACAAAAUAUGUGCCAUUUUUCUCUCCAAACCCUGUGCUAUCUAACUGUAGAUUUUCUAUGCUGCAUUGCUGUUAGGGAUUGGACAAUUAGAGCUGCAGUUCAUCUCACUUUAAAACAGAGAAUAAUUA